GUCGGAAAUUCAUAUCAGCGAAACCCUCAUCAUCUUCUACAUGCAGUCACCGAGAUUAUUCGCAAGAAUGAAAAGACCGAAAUCUCCCUUGCCUCCCACUCCUUCAACCCCUCCAACGCCGCAGCAGCGCCAAUCCUUCACCAAACUCAUCACUUCUGUUUCCAGGAAACGCCGCAACAUUCUCCAAAAUCCCCAACCACUCCCCCCCUCCGAGAUCAAAUGGAAGCCCCUCAACAUCAGCAAGUCCGAGCUCUACCUGCCGCUCACUUUCCCCACCGGCCAGACCUUCCGGUGGAAGAAAACCGGGCCGCUGCAGUACACCGGCCCCGUCGGGCACCACCUCAUCUCCCUCAAACAGCUCGACGACGACUGCGUGGGGUAUUUUUGUCAUUUCACGGACAGCGAGGACUCCGCGAGAAUCGAUCUUUUCGAUUUUCUGAACAUGGAGAUUUCGUUGAAUUCGCUUUGGGACGAAUUUAGGGCUGCCGAUGCGAGGUUUGCUGAGCUGGCGUUGCAUUUGGAGGGGGCUAGGGUUUUGCGGCAGGACCCCUUGGAAUGUUUGAUUCAGUUUAUUUGCUCGUCCAAUAAUAAUAUUCAGAGGAUUACGAAGAUGGUGGAUUUCAUCUCGUCCAAGGGGAGAUUUUUGGGGAAUGUGGGAGGAUUCGAUUUUUUCGAGUUCCCGUUGCUGGAGAAGCUGGCGCUGCUGUCGGAAGCCGAGCUUAGAGAAGCUGGUUUUGGGUACAGGGCUAAAUAUAUUGUUGGCACCAUCGCGGCUUUGCAAUCAAAACCUGGAGGAGGUCUGGAGUGGCUUGCUUCUCUUCGUAAAUUAGAUCUUCAAGGGGCAGUUUGUGGUCUCUCUAGUUUACCUGGUGUCGGUCCGAAGGUUGCUGCGUGCAUUGCUCUUUUCGCCUUGGACCAGCAUCACGCCAUUCCUGUCGAUACUCACGUGUGGAAGAUCGCGACCAGGUAUCUCAUCCCUGAACUGGCAGGGACGAGCCUGACACCUAGGAUCUGCAAUCGUGUUGCAGAUGCUUUUGUGAGCAAAUACGGGAAGUAUGCUGGCUGGGCGCAAACCCUGCUAUUCAUCUCCGAACUUCCUUCCCAGAAAGCUAUGUUGCCAUCAAGCGUCUGGGAUACUGAGGGAAGAAGAAGCUCAGUCGAGAUUCAAGUCAAAAUCGAGACAAUACACCAAGCAAAGGAAAUUCCCCGCAGCAAAAGGAAAAUCAGAGGUAAAUGAGAAGAAACUCUGUGUACCUUAAAUAUGGAAUGAGGUGUCUGGAGGGAGACGCGCCAUGAACGUACUCGAAAGGCGAAAAUCAGAGUUUUUUUAUUACAACAGCAGCAGCUUGUCUGGAGUGGCUGGCAUGGUGAUGGAUAGCUUCAUAUUAUAUUAUCCAUGUUUCUUUCACUGGUUCAUGCUAUGUAUGCUGAAGUUGCUGGAGAAAUCUGCUUGAAAUCAUUAUUUCUUGCAAAUGUAGAAAGAAAUGAGUGGAUUAGGGCAUAGUUUCUCUGACAUGUUGUAUAGGGGUGAAGCAAGAUUCUUUCUGUACAACUAGGACUAUGAUUCUCAUUCAUCAAAUACACUACUAGUUUGACAUUA